GCCGGUUACUCCAAAGGUACCUAACGCGGGUACCUGUAGCAAAGCUGUUUAUAUUAAGGUUAGAUGGUCAAUUGUGUCUUUAUAAAGUUCAGAAGGGAUAAUAUUGUAUUUAUGCUUUAUUUAAGUUGGGUCAAGUCGGGUGAACCGGGAUGUAAGUCAUGGGUCACGUGGGGGUAGUUUAUUUAUCUUGCUGUGUCGUGGGCCAACUGGCCAACUGGCCAACCUUCAUUUAAAGUCCAUUUACAGUUCAAGAUGAUCGGAUCAAUUUCUCCAAGUUCACUGUGGAUGCAGUUGCUCCUCGAAAAGUCGUGUACUUUGUUUACAUUUAUAAAUUGAACUAGUAUCACUGUUCCUAACAAGAACCUGGUUAUCUUUUGAGUCAAGAUUUCCAUUUCGACGUGACUUCGUAUAAUGUAGAAGGAUCCGACAGCGGCCCAUGAACAUCCAGACCUCCACUUGUAACUCAUUGAUGACGAGUUCGAAUAUUUGCAUUUGAAGGCAACAAGGUUUCUUAAUUGAGUGUGCUCUGCUUUUGUAUCAACUAUUGUGGUACCUGUAAUAAACAGAAGUACUGAUAUAUACUAGCUUGCUGUGGAUAAGAAAGGCCUACCUAGCUGCAUGCAGAAGGCCGGCUCUCUUCCUUAUUAACUCACGUUAAUCUUCGACCUACUUUUACAGAUAGACAAAUGAUAGCUUGCUAUUGAAAAGAAGCACAAACAUUCUACCUAUAAAAUAUGUUCCGGUCACUUUGAACUGUCCACCAUGCUUGAGGGACAAUCAGUUAACAGUACUACCACCAUCGAUUGAGGAUAACCAGAUCGAAACAGUACUUAUGGGCAAUCGCGUUUUCGGUCUCUUAGUUAUUCUUUUCCUACUGAAAAGUAGAGGUAGUAGCAUUGCUAUUCCACCUACCUAUGACACAGCUUCGCUAAACCGGAGCACUUUUCCGAGAGGAUUCAUUUUUGGCACGGCAUCAGCAUCUUAUCAGUACGAAGGUGCAGCAAAAGAAGGUGGUAAAGGACCAUCAACAUGGGACACUUUCACCCAUAGAUAUCCAGACAAGAUUACGGAUCACAGUAAUGGAGAUGUAGCUGUUGAUCAAUAUCAUCACUACAAGGAAGAUGUUGGGAUUAUGAAGGAUAUGGGUUUAGAUGCAUACAGAUUCUCAAUCUCAUGGUCCCGACUCUUGCCAAAUGGGAAAUUAUCUGGGGGUGUGAACAGAGAAGGAAUUAACUACUACAAUAACCUCAUCAAUGAGCUGCUGGAAAAAGGUCUAAAGCCAUUUGUGACACUCUUCCAUUGGGAUCUACCCCAAGCCUUAGAAGAUGAGUAUGGUGGUUUCUUAAGUCCUCAGAUUGUGGAUGAUUUUGGUGACUAUGCUGAGCUUUGCUUCAAGGAAUUUGGUGACCAGGUGAAGCAUUGGAUUACAUUGAAUGAGCCACUGAGCUACAGUGUUGGUGGAUAUGCAAUUGGGGGUCCACCACCGAAUCGAUGUUCGGAUUGGCAAAAUCUAAACUGUACAGGUGGAAAUUCUGCGACGGAGCCAUAUAUUGUGACACACCACCAGCUUCUUGCACAUGCAGCCGCAGUUAAAGUGUACAAGCAAAAAUAUCAGGCAAUACAGGAAGGUACCAUAGGAAUAACUCUCGUCUCACCCUGGCUAGUUCCAUACUCCAAUUCGACGUAUGAUCGCGCCUCCUCACGGCGAGCACUUGAUUUCAUGUUUGGAUGGUUCAUGGACCCAUUAACAAAUGGUGACUAUCCACAUAUCAUGCGAUCUCUGGUUGGGAACCGAUUACCCAAUUUCUCAAGAGAGCAAUCCAUGACGGUGAAGGGGUCGUUUGAUUUCAUUGGACUAAACUAUUAUACCACUAAUUAUGCAGCCCAUGCAGCAUCUGACGUCCCUAAUGCUGGAAUUUCAAGCUACUUGAUAGAUAUACGUGUUAAUGUCUCAGCCGAGCGAAAUGGAAUUCCUAUUGGUCCAAGGGCUGCUUCUGACUGGUUAUAUGUCUAUCCGAGGGGAAUACAUGAUUUUUUGCUCUACACAAAGACAAAAUACCAUAAUCCACUCAUUUACAUCACCGAGAAUGGGAUUGAUGAGUUUAAUAAUGCCUCUUUAUCGCUUGAGGAGGCCCUCCGGGACAGCCAUAGAAUUGACUAUCACUAUCGCCAUCUUGCAUAUCUUGGUGCAGCUAUCAAGGAUGGCGUUAAUGUCAAGGGAUACUUUGCGUGGUCAUUGUUAGACAAUUUUGAAUGGAAUUCAGGUUACACUCUUAGAUUUGGCAUUUACUAUAUAGACUACAAGGAUGGGUUGAAAAGACAUCCCAAACUGUCCGCCCAUUGGUUCAAGCAUUUCCUCAAGAAAUAGGCACCAAAGUGCUGCAGUUGAAGUGCCUGCAAACGUUGGAGAAGUUCUACCCGUGAUCUCCAAACAAUGAUCCCGAGAUUGUUUCUUGCAUGUCUAUUGUAUGUACAUUCUUUUAAAUAACAUCAAUGUUUAUAUCUCAAAUAUUUUGUAAGGGGAAUGCUAUGUACGUACGAAGGAUUUGUAUCACAAGUUUGUUUUAAAUAAAAAGGAAAUGUGGCAUGCA